AUGAAUGAUUUAAUUAAAUCAUAUUUAGGAGGAGGAGAAGGUAAACAAGUAUACGAAUGGAAUCCACCCGAAUCAUUUAAAGAUAAAACACCUCAAGAGUAUAGUAGACAUCUAGCAGUGUUUAUUAAAAAGUAUCAAUGGUUGACGAGUGCAAGAACGAUCGAUUUCUUUAUCGAUGAUCUAUGGCAAUUGGUACCAGAAGAUUGGAGAGAUGAUCUAUUAGAGUUGACGGAUGAAGAAUCUAUACAAUUUACAACUGGUAAUGUUAUUAAAGAAAAUUGGAAUGAAUCAUUAAAAGAAUUUAUAAAUGAUGCAAAGAGAUUAUGGAUGCCAAGGGAUGUAUUGAGAGAGGAUAAAGAUUGGAAUGUUAAAGACUUUAGUUUACCAUCUUUAAAGUUGAAGAUGAAUGCUAAAAAGUUACACGAAAUACUUCGAAUGUCUGAAUUGUUGGAUGACUGUAUCAAGAGUAUUCAGCCAAGUCAAGUGGUUGAUAUUGGCUCGGGUGAGGGAUAUCUAACACAAGUACUUUCACAUCAAUUCAAUCAAAGUAUCACUGCUGUUGAUUGUUCACAAUCCUUUAUUCAAGGUGCAAUUAAACGUCAAAAUGUUAUAGAAAAUGAAUUAGUUGGUAGAUUAAUCCAAGAAAAGAAUAAGACAUCAAAGGUUUCAAAACAAACAAAUCAAAUUAAUCAAAUUAAUCAAAAUAAUAAUAAUGUAAAUUUAAAUCAAAUGGAUAAAGAGAAAAAAGAAGAUGGAAAAGAGAAGGAUGGAAUACCUAAAAAGAUUAAAAAGAAAUUAACAAAAGAAGAACAAGAUUUAAUAGUUGAACAAAAAAGAAAGGAGAGGUUGGAGAAGAGACAAGAAAUAAUGAAUGAAAUUGGUGUUUCUGGACCUCAGAUGUGUGUGGCUACACUUAGACCAGAGAUGACAACCGAAGAGUUUUUGGAGAUUCUAACAAGACACGAUCAAUCAAAAGACUAUAGUAAUACAAUGUUGGUAGGACUGCAUACAUGUGGAUCGUUGGCAUCGACAAUGAUUACAAACUAUGUGCGAUGUGAUAAUAUAUCGAGUAUUGUCGAUGUUGGAUGUUGCUACUAUCGUGUCACUCAACACCCCUACCAAUACAUGUCCAAGCAAUGUGGAGACCUUGGAGUUGUCAUGGGAGCAGCCGAUCUUAAACUCUCUUGUGAAUCAUCAGAGAGAUCCUAUUCAAUUAGUCAAAAUGGAUUGGAUGAAUAUAGGUAUUCAAUGGACGUUCACUUUUAUCGUGUCAUAUUUGAAACCUUGUUGGGCAAAAAUCACAACUAUACAAUUAGAAGUAUACCUCGUAAUCAUUCACAAAAUUUCCAAUCCUAUUCUCUAUAUGCAUUAAAAAGAAUUAAUAAUCAAUCCAAACAAGAAGAAGAAAAAGAAAAAGAAGAUACAACUUCAACAACUUCAACGACAAAUAUAGUACCACCAUCAAUAGAAGAAUUAAAUGAUACAUAUGAAAGAUUUAAAAAAGAUAAGAACAAGAUAUCAAUACUUUUAUUGUUACGAGGAUUACUUGCACCAGUGUUGGAGGCAUUUAUUGUUAUUGACAGAUGGUUGUAUUUAGAGGAAACCAAGCAACAAUCAACUCGUCCAAUGUCAUCUUAUAUUAUACCAAUAUUCCAUGAAAGUUUAUCACCUCGUAAUCUAGUAUUACUAAGCAUCAAACAAUAA